CCCUUUCAAGGAGUAUACGACUUAAUAAUGUACCUGGUUGUGUAAUCUUUGAUACAUAUGUGACGUCACGCAGUCAAGAAACUCACUAAAAACCUCACUCGAAACGUAGUGGGUGGAACCGCAUCGUCCACAUACUACCUGAACGUCGCUGGUGCAACACGUUUCAUAAUUAUUCCCAGUAGAACCUUCAAUAACGAUGCCGAAGGAUGAUCCCGAGACCACAGCACUCAAGAAAGAACUAACGGAUUUGAUCGCUAAAGUAAAGGCGGAGCAAGAAAAGGGAGCUGAUGCUAAACUCAAUGAAAAAUGUGGUGAUAUGUCCGACGUGCCUAAGAUAAGACUUAUAGUCAAGAAAUCCCUGAAAGGGCACAUCAAUAAAGUCAAUUCUGUCCACUACAGCGGAGAUUCUAGGCACUGCGUGACUGGUUCCCUUGACGGCAAGCUGAUAAUAUGGGACACGUGGAGCGGCAACAAGGUGCAGGUGAUCCCGCUGCGUUCCGCCUGGGUGAUGAGCGUGGCCUUCGCACCUUCGGGAAAUUUUGUUGCAUGCGGCGGUAUGGACAACAUGUGCACCAUCUACGAUGUGAACAACCGUGAUGCGACCGGCGCGGCCAAGAUGGUGCGAGAGUUGGCCGGCUACGAAGGCUUCCUCAGCAGCUGCCGUUUCCUGGACGACAAGCAUAUCCUCACCGGCUCCGGCGAUAUGAAAAUAUGCGUCUGGGAUCUGGAAGCCGGCAAAAGAACCAUGGAAUUUGAUGCUCACGCGGGAGACGUAGUUAGCAUCUCCUUAUCGCCAGAUAUGAAAACCUACGUGACAGGUUCUGUGGAUAGAACCUGCAAGCUCUGGGAUGUACGGGAAGAUAAAGCUAAGCAGACCUUCUUUGGUCACGAAGCAGAUGUAAACAGCGUAUGCUUCCACAAUGGCGGGCAGGCAUUCGCAACUGCUUCCGAGGAUAAAACUGCUCGAUUGUUCGACAUUCGCAGUGACCAACAACUAGGCCACUACACACCUCCUGGAAAUUGCGGAUUCACCAGCUGUGCUCUGUCCCUCAGCGGAAGAUACAUCAUGGCUGGUUCCGACGACAAUAGUGUACAUUCCUGGGAUGCACUCAAAGUAUCCCACACAGGUACACUCUCGGCUCAUGAGAACCGCGUCACGUCAAUAUCGCUGGCACCGAAUGGAGUCGCCCUAGCCAGUUGCUCCUGGGACCAAAGCGUCAAAGUCUGGGGAUGAAACAUCAGCCGCGCGGAAUCUGAAAACCUGACGGACCUAAGAAUAUUCUAGACCUAUUAUGAUAUUAAUUUAUCAACAGCCCCGCAUUAAAUGUUCAAAC